CUUGAAUCCACCCCACAGAGUGAAGUCAAUUUCAAUGACUACUUUCACACAACAGGAAAUAGAAUUUCUGCAGAAACAUGGAAAUGAAGUGUGCAAACAGAUUUGGCUAGGCCUAUUUGAUGAUAGAUCAUCAGCAAUUCCAGACUUCAGGGAUCCACAGAAAGUAAAGGAAUUUCUACAGGAAAAAUAUGAAAAGAAAAGAUGGUAUGUUCCUCCGGAGCAGGCAAAGGUGGUGGCAUCAGUCCAUGCAUCCAUAUCGGGGUCUUCUGCUAGUAGUACAAGCAGCACACCUGAGGUGAAGCCACUCAAAUCCCUCUUGGGAGAAGCUGCACCCACACUGCACUUAAACAAGGGCACACCUAGCCAAUCUCCUGUUGUAGUUCGAUCUCAAGGACAGCAGCAACAAGAAAAGAAACAAUUUGACCUCCUCAGUGACCUUGGCUCAGAUAUCUUUGCGGCUGCUCCUCCUCAGUCAACUGCUACAGCAAAUUUUGCUAAUUUUGCACACUUCAACAGUCAUACAGCGCAGAACUCUGCAAAUGCAGGUUUUGCAAACUUUGAUGCAUUUGGACAGUCUAGUGGCUCGAGUAAUUUUGGAGGUUUCCCCACAGCAAGUCAGUCUUCUUUUCAGCCCCAAAAUACAGGUGGAAGUGCUGGAUCAGUGAAUGCUAACUUUGCUCACUUUGAUAACUUCCCCAAAUCCUCCAGUGCUGAUUUUGGAGCCUUCAGUGCUUCCCAGAGCAACACAACAGCAACUGCAGCCAGUAGAGCUGCAGUGAAUAAACCAAAUCUCCAGUCAGCUGACAAAUAUGCAGCUCUUGCUAAUUUAGAUAAUAUCUUCAGCGCAGGGCAAGGUGGUAAUGAGCAAGGAAGUGGCUUCAGUACAGUAGUGUCGGCAUCAGCAGGUCCUGCAUUGUCAGCCCCCAAUCAGCCAAGUGCAUCUUCAGACAAGUAUGCGGCUCUAGCAGAAUUAGACAGCGUGUUCAGCUCCACAGCAACCUCUAGUAAUGCAUAUACGUCCACCAGUAACGUUAGCAGCAAUGCUUUUGGAACAGUACCUGUGGCUGCUACUGCACAGACACAGCCUGCAUCUUCGAGUGUGCCUGCUCCAUUUGGAGCAACACCUUCCACAAAUCCAUUUGUAGCUGCCCCUGUUGCCCCAGUGGCACCUUCAACAAAUCCAUUCCAGACCAAUAGCCGAGGAGCAACAGGCCUCUCGGGAGCAAUGCACUCUCACAUAUUUCCUCAGGCUCAUUUUGCAGCAACAUUUGGUACUGCAUCCAUGAGCAUGCCUGCAGGAUUUGGAACUCCUGCCUCCUACAGUCUUCCUACUAGUUUUAGUGGCAACUUCCAGCAGCCCACGUUCCCAACCCAGGCAGCUUUCCCUCAACAGACUGCUUUUGCUCAGCAGCCAAAUGGAGCAGGUUUUGCUGCAUUUGGACAAGCAAAGCCUGUAGUAACUCCUUUUGGACAAGUUGCAGCUGUUGGAGUAUCUAGUAACCCUUUUAUGGCUGGUGCACCAACAGGACAAUUUCCAACAGGAAGCUCAUCAACCAAUCCUUUCUUAUAGCCUUAUAGACACUUUACCCAAAAGAACUCUUAUGUGGUCACAUAACAUCUCUGCGCCUCUUGCACUGUUGUCUUGUUUCACUGAUAUUAGCUUUAAACACAAAAGAAGUCUUUAAGAAGUAAAAAUAAAAGCCUGCAUUGUGUACCUUUAAAAAAAUAAAAAAUACACAAAACCCAAGAAAAUCAACCACCCCACCAGGUAAUAACGUGCAAAACAGAGGGCUGUGGUAACAUCAUUGAACCUGUGAACUGGCAGGUAAAAAGUAGCGGUAUCAUGUAUAUUAAAAUUGGCUAAUAAGUUAUUGCAGAUACCACAUUCAUUAUGCUGCAGUACUGUACAUAUUUUUCUUAGAAAAUAGCUAUUUGUGCAUAUCAGUAUUUGUAACUUUAACACAUCGUUAUGUGAAAAAUGUUACUGGGAAAUAGAUCAGCCACUUUAAGGUGCUGUUGUAUCUCUUGGAAUGAAUGAGCUACAUCAUUUUAACCAUUGGUAUUGGAAGUCAUGAAGUUAAAUUGAAGGUUUGUUCAUUUCUCAAAAUGUUUUCCUUUCCUAAGAGCUCUUCUAUUUAUACAUGCCUAAAUCUCUAAUGUUAGAGGGAUACCUGUCUGCAUAAUAAAGCUGAUCAUGUUUUGCUACAGUUUGCAGGUGAAAAAAAUAAAUAUUAGAAAAA